AUGGUGUGCUUGUGGAUUUUAAGCGCCGUGCUGUUAGCAGGUAAUGUUUUACCGUCUACCCCAACCCGCAUCGUGGGCGGAAAGCCGACCACCAUCGACAAAUACCCCUCGAUAGUCCAGGUGGACUACCUCGGUGUCUGGACUGGGGUGUGGGGACAGUCCUGCGCCGCCAGCAUCCUUACAUCGCGAUACGUGUUGUCCGCUGCACACUGCUUUCAUGGCAUCUUCUACGACCCCUCGUACCGUCGCAUCCGCGCAGGCUCCACCUACCGCAACACCGGUGGUGUGAUCGUCAACGUUGUCAAGGAGUACAACCACCCAUCCUACGGCAGCUUGGGCUACGAUGGGGACAUCUGCGUGGUGAGCCUGGCUCAGCAGCUUGUCUACACCCCUGUGGUCCAGCAAGUCGCUAUCCCACCACAGGGCACCAGGCUUAUUGAAAACCUGCCGGUUGUACACGCUGGUUGGGGCGCUGUUUCGCAAGGUGGCCCUGCGUCUCCCGAACUCCUGGACGUGACCAUCAUCACAGUGGACAACAAGCUGUGCGCUGAGCGUUACCUCACCCUGCCCAACCCGGGCACCGUCACAGAAAACAUGAUCUGUGCUGGUAUCCUCGACGUCGGUGGCAAGGACGCCUGCCAGGGUGACUCCGGAGGUCCCCUCUACUUCGGCAAGACACUCGUUGGAGUCGUCUCCUGGGGACAUGGCUGCGCCAACAACACAUUCCCCGGUGUCAGCACCAAUGUUGGUUCAUACACCCAAUGGAUCCUAGAUACACUGUUACCCGCGACUUCGUCCGCGUCAACAAAAUAUGAUAAGUUGGAUAACAAAGACAAAAAAAAAUCUACUCUAUUACAAAGACAGCAGCAGCCUGUCUGCACCGCCGCUGCCACCCCACCCCGUAUCGUGGGUGGUCAGCCCACAACGAUCGACCAGUACCCCAGCAUAGUGCAGGUGGACUACUGGGGCAUUUGGACCGGCGUGUGGAGCCAGUCCUGCGCUGCCAGUGUUCUGAACAGCGUGUAUAUUCUGUCAGCUGCGCAUUGCUUUUCUGGUCUCCUCUACCUCCGCCAAUACCGUCGUAUCCGCGCCGGGUCCACCUAUCGCAACUUCGGCGGCGUGGUCCUCGACAUCUCGCAUGAGAUCAACCAUCCCUCGUUCGGCCAGAACGGUGCUGACGGUGACAUCACCGUGGUGCGGCUCGCGGCCCCGCUGACGCUGACGCCGGUGGUCCAACAGGCGGUUAUAGCACCCCAGGGUACUGUGCUCCCUGAGGAUAUGCCAGUCGUGCAUGCGGGAUGGGGAUAUACUACCGAAGGAGGAGUAGCAUCUGACGUACUCCUGGACGUCACCAUCUACACCAUCGACCGCAAGCUCUGCGCCGACCGCUACCUGACGCUGCCCAGGCCACAAGUGGUGACAGAGAACAUGAUCUGCGCUGGCAUCCUGGACGUGGGAGGCAAGGACGCCUGCCAGGGUGACUCCGGAGGACCUCUGUACUAUGGCACCACCCUGGUGGGAGUGGUAUCCUGGGGCGAAGGCUGCGCGAACGCCACUUUCCCUGGAGUGAGCACCAAUGUGGGAUCUUACACUGAUUGGAUUAUUAGCACCGCUGUUUAAG